CCCGUUUCUGUCGCACUUUUUCGUAAAGCCGUAAAGCCUUGACAUAACUCUGUCUUCGUCCUAUUCAAGAUGUCCAUGCAACCCGUUCGCACUCUCUUCACAACACCCCACCAUGUCACUCGCGGAGGCCAUGCCCCAGCAUGCCAUCACAUCCUCCAGUAGCACGCCCAGCUCGUCCAACCGCGACUUGACCGCGUCCAACCGCGAUGCGAACGCGAAUGCAAACACGCACUCGAACUCCAGCGCGAAGCCGCGAGAAGGCCAGGGAUUUGAGUUUACGAGGCGGAAACGGUGGGCAGACCUGCUGGUUACGGAGCUACGCGAGGCGAUUGUUCUCGUCCUGUCGCCCACCUGCAAGGUCUGGUAUUGUGGUGCGGCGGUAGAAGAACUACUCGGAUGGAAGGACGAGGAGUUGGUAGACGGUGACAUUGCGGACCUUAUGAACGUCGACGACCGCUCCAGCUUCCGCAGUCAGUUCCAGGAGAGCAUGCAGACGAAGAGUUCGCUCCUCGCCUAUGCGCGUCUGCAAUGCAAGAACGAGUUCUACAUGGCAAGCGACUAUUCAUCGCGUCCUCGCGAGGUGCUCUUCGAAAUUACCGGCAAACCGCAUUACUUCUCCGACUCGGGCGAGUUCAGGUGCUUCUUCGCUGCGGCCAAGCCCUACCCAAGCCGGAACACUGCAAUGGUGAACACGUUCCUGGAGCUCAAGAUGGAGAACGAACGGCUAGAACAGCGCGUCACUCAUCUUCGCGCACAGGCCAAAGCUUUGAACGUGAUGUAUCCAUCAUCCUCCCCCGCGCCCUCGUCGACUUCCCCUGGCAGUCGGUUCACGCAGCAGGUCGCUCAACGCACCGAAAACGGCUACUAUAGCGGCUACGGUGACACCCCAGUUGGUAACACUAGCCUAGACAGUCAAGUGCAAGACGACGCAGACGACGACGGUACGGAUCCAAAUGGAUCCAGAAAGAAGGCCAAACGGCCGUUCACCGCACCAGAGCACCACGUCUGCCAGACUUGUGGUCGCACGGACUCGCCAGAAUGGCGCAAGGGUCCUGGGGGACCUAAGACCCUUUGCAACGCAUGCGGCUUACGCUGGGCCAAGAAAGUGCGCACAGACAAGUCGGGCGAAGGGAAUGGGAGCAACCCUGAUGGCGACUCAUUCAUCUUCUGAGCUUCGAGUGUCGCAUGCCAUCCCCGGUUGGUCUGGUAUUCCUAUUCUUCUUGGGACGGUCACAUACGCAGCCACCGACGUUUUGUAGCAUAUAUCAUGGAGCAUACCUUUCUUGAGACUUUCUUGGGGCACAACUGGGGCACGGACUUGUUGCCAUCCAUCUCGCCAUGAUGGGAACAUUUUGUGUGCAUUGACGUCUGUGCUAACUGAUACAUGCUGAACAGAACAUAGC